AUGACCAUGACCCUCCACACCAAAGCCUCCGGAAUGGCCCUGCUGCAUCAAAUCCAAGGGACGGAGCUGGAGACCCUGAGUCGCCCGCAGCUCAAGAUCCCCCUGGAGAGGCCCCUGGGCGAGGUAUACGUGGACAGCAGCAAGCCCGCCGUGUACAACUAUCCCGAGGGUGGCGCGUACGACUUCAACGCCGCGCCCGCCGCCUCCGCGCCGGUCUACGGCCAGUCCAGCCUCGCCUACGGCCCGGGGUCUGAGGCGGCGGCGUUCGGCACCAACGGCUUGGGGGGCUUCCCGCCGCUCAACAGCGUGUCUCCGAACCCGCUGGUGCUGCUGCACCCGCCGCCUCAGCUCUCGCCCUUCCUGCACCCCCACGGCCAGCAGGUGCCCUAUUACCUGGAGAACGAACCGAGCGGCUAUGCGGUGCGCGAGGCCGGCCCGCCUGCGUUCUACAGGCCAAAUUCAGACAAUCGGCGCCAGGGUGGCAGAGAGAGAUUGGCCAGUACCAGUGACAAAGGAAGCAUGGCCAUGGAAUCUGCCAAGGAGACCCGCUACUGUGCAGUGUGCAAUGACUAUGCCUCAGGCUACCAUUAUGGAGUCUGGUCCUGUGAAGGCUGUAAGGCUUUCUUCAAGAGAAGUAUUCAAGGUAAUAGACAUAAUGACUACAUGUGUCCAGCUACCAACCAGUGCACGAUUGAUAAGAACAGGAGGAAGAGCUGUCAGGCCUGUCGGCUCCGCAAGUGCUAUGAAGUAGGCAUGAUGAAAGGCGGGAUACGGAAAGACCGAAGAGGAGGGAGAAUGUUGAAACACAAGCGCCAGAGAGAUGAUGGGGAGGGCAGGAAUGAAGUGGGGUCCUCCGGAGAUAUGAGGGCUUCCAGCCUUUGGCCAAGCCCUCUCUUGAUUAAGCAUACUAAGAAGAACAGUCCAGCCUUGUCCCUGACAGCCGAUCAGAUGGUCAGUGCCUUGUUGGAGGCUGAGCCCCCCAUAAUCUAUUCUGACUACGAUCCUUCCAGACCCUUCAGCGAGGCUUCGAUGAUGGGGUUGCUGACCAACCUUGCCGACAGGGAGCUGGUUCACAUGAUCAACUGGGCAAAGAGAGUGCCAGGCUUUGUCGAUUUGAGCCUCCACGAUCAGGUCCACCUUCUGGAAUGUGCCUGGCUAGAGAUCCUGAUGAUUGGACUUGUCUGGCGCUCCAUGGAGCACCCAGGGAAGCUCCUAUUUGCUCCUAACCUGCUCCUGGACAGGAACCAGGGGAAAUGUGUAGAGGGCAUGGUGGAGAUCUUUGACAUGUUGCUGGCUACGUCAUCUCGGUUUCGUAUGAUGAAUCUCCAGGGAGAGGAGUUUGUGUGCCUCAAAUCCAUCAUUUUGCUUAAUUCCGGAGUGUACACAUUCCUGUCCAGUACCCUGAAGUCUCUGGAAGAGAAGGACCACAUCCACCGUGUCUUGGACAAGAUCACAGACACCCUGAUCCAUCUGAUGGCCAAAGCAGGCCUCACUCUGCAGCAGCAGCACCGGCGCCUGGCCCAGCUCCUCCUCAUCCUCUCCCACAUCAGGCACAUGAGUAACAAAGGCAUGGAGCAUCUGUACAGCAUGAAGUGCAAGAACGUGGUGCCGCUCUACGACCUGCUGCUGGAGAUGCUGGACGCCCACCGCUUGCACGCGCCGGCCAGCCGAGGGGGCGCGCCCAUGGAGGAGAUGAACCAGAGCCAGCUGGCCACCACCGGCUCAACUUCGUCACAUUCCUUGCAAGCGUAUUAUAUCACCGAGGAGCCAGGGAGUUUCCCCAGCACGGUGUGAGAGCUCCCAGGCUACCCCGAGGUCCUGAGAAUCCCUGCGGCCUUUUUCCCACGUCCUACGUCACGAUAGCAGAGUUCCGCUCCUGCGCACACUCCAGCAUGCACCCGCCACUGUGGCUUUCUAAUACGAGUGGCCGUGGCCGUAUGUUCGCUUGCUCAGUUCUUAGUGGCACGCCUUCUCUUGGGAACAGCCAGAGGGAUUCCAGUGCUAAAUUCUUUGACUCUCUCUCUCCCUUUGCUACAUUACUAAGCAUGAGGAUUCUGUAGCUUUUCAUGACUGAACUCAGUCUAUGAGCUGGGACUCAGGUGACUGUGCAUUUAAGCUACUUGUUGAGACCCAGACCUGGAGAGUGGACAUUUCAUCUCUGUGAAGUGCUUUUUAAUGGAUCUAAGAAAAAGCCACAGGAAAGACUUGAAAGUGGCUCCUUUAAUUGCUGACUUGGAGAAAGCUAGGUCAAGGGUUCAUUAUGGCAUCAUCUUGUAUUCCUAUAGUAACAUAUCAUUUUAUUCAAGUAAUACCUUAAAGCUUUUGCUCUGUUGCAUGGCUGGAGCUGAAUAUUAAGUGAUUGUCUGUUCAUUUGCCCUAUAGGAGUACAAGAUGCCCACAGAGAAGGAAGGUCCCCUAAUUGUCAAAACUUUGUCAACUUAAUACACUGCACCUUCAGAUUUGCUGAAUGUUCUUCCACUGGUUUUUGAGAACACUGUGUAUCGGUCAUGGGUUCCAGUUAAUUCUUGCUUCCCAUGGACCUAUGGAAAACAGCAAGUUGAUCCCAGUUAAGUCACCUCCACAUAGACCAGUUUCCUUUUAAGGGAUAAAUUACUGGGGUUUGUUUUUUGUUUUCAUUUUAUGAAAGAGAGCCUUCUCCCCCCAGGACUUGCCCUAAAUCAGCUUCAGGACCUAGUCUCCUGUGGUCUCACACGCACCAGCAGAGGGCGCUCUGCUUGGAUCGUCCUGGUGUGUCAGUUACACAGAGGGUGAAUUAUCACACGUAGUAGUGCCCAGCAUAUGACCAAGGGCAGGUUAAAUCAGUGGCCACUCUGGUGACACUUUUAGCCCUGGGGCACUUGGGUCAAUAGUAAAUGUGCAUGAUUAUUGUAAAUAUUAGAGAACAGGAAGAAAGUAGGGUAGAAACAGGAUAAAACUGAGAGGCUCACCGUGGCCCUGCCACCGGCUAUAGCUCUAUCCAGGAGUGCCCCUGGCAGGCCCUGUGUGCAGUGUGGGGCUGCCCUGGGAUCCCCGGGCAGCCCUUCUCACCGCCCUGAUUGGAAGGAGUAGCAGUAGACAGCUGUGUUCCUACAGUUGGCCCAGCACACGGUUGGGUGGGGCUGGAGGGCGAGGAUUGGAGGCUUGCUACUCAGGCUGCUGAGGACCUGGUCAGACUCUGUGCUCUGGGUUGUUUAGAACUCAUCCGAAAACCAGGGUUUGGCCUUGGGGAAAAAACUUCCCCCAAAGCUCAUUUCAUUAAACUUCAUAAGCCAAGUGAGACUAGCAUUGGGCCAUAGGAAUCCUGUGACCUACAGGCGAAACAAGAAAGGCUCAGUCCAGCCACAGGACAGCCUGCCCUAGGCCUUUGCUUCUCCAGAGCAGCUAGGGUUAAUCUCUUCUUCUCAGCCAAAAAGUAAGCUUGGUUUCCUCCAGUGACCUCAUUGUCUACAGUUCAAACCCCACUGAGAGGUGAUGUGCUAGCCAGCAACCCAGCCAAGCUUCUAGGGCUUCUCUUGGGAUGCCUGUUUCAAAAAGUGGGUUUCAUUCAUUUUUGAUUACUUUGUAAGUGAGCACCAAAGGACUGGGAACCUGGGAGGGCCAAAAAAUAAAAAAGUUUUUUUCAUAUAUGUGCAUCUGAAUUUAGGGGCAAUUUUGUGUGUCUGCAGUAAGAAUAUAUUUAGAACAUAAUUCUUUUGUUGUUUUGUUUAAGAAGCACCUUAUAUAGUAUAAUAUAUAUUUUUUUUGAAAUUGCAAUGCUUGUUUAUCAGACAAUUGAAUGUAGUAAUUCCGUUCUGGAUUUAAUUUGACUGGGUUAAACAUGCAAAACCAACGAAAAAUAUUUAGUUUUUUUGUAUAGCUACCUUGUCAUGUAUGCAGUCAUUGAUGCCUAGGGCCUGGUGAUUAUUCAUUUAAAUGAAGAUCACAUUUCAUAUCAACUUUUAUAUCCACAGUAGACAAAAUAGCACUAAUCCAGAUGCCUAUUGUUGGAUAUCGAAUGAUAGACAAUCUUAUGUAGCAGAGAUUAUGCCUGCAAAGGAAAAUUAUUCAGGGCAGCUAAUUUUGCUUUACCAAAAUAUCAGUAGUAAUAUUUUUGGACAGUACCUAAUGGGUCAGUGGGUUCUUUUUAAUGUUUAUACUUAGAUUUUCUUUUAAAAAAAUAAAAACAGACAAAAAAAUUCUAGUACUAUAGAUAAUGUAAUACCAGCUAGAUCCAAACAAUGAUGAAGUGGAGGGUUUUACAUUAUUCAUCUAAUGUGUGUGUAUUCAUGUUAAAGAUACUACUACAUUUGAAAUGGGCAAAGAACACCAGAUGGUUGAAAUGUUAGCCCAGGAAAAUUCAAAUAAUUUUAGAAAUCUCUUUUUAUUAUUUGAAGUGCCACUAAUGGACAGCUGACACUUUGCAGCUGAUACUGCUGUUGGGGGUAGGGAACAUAUUGCAUCUCCCCCCCACCCCCCUCCACUCUGAGGCAAUUUAAGUUUUGAAAGAUAUAAUCAACCUGGGGGUUAGGGUAGGGUGGGGAAGUAGGUUCAGGAAUUUUGAGAGUGGGAAAUACAGUAGUAAGAGCCUUGCAGGUAUUUUGAGGCAGAUGGAUACUGGCACCUGGGGUAUGCACCAGGCUUCUGUAUUCCUCUCGUGCCCUGUGAACUACGAAUGACCACCAUUUCUAAAAUGGCGGCUGGAGUUCUAUGGAAGAGCAAGCAUCAUCCGUGGUACAGUCUAAAGAAUAGCUAGUGGUCUGUGUUUCUUUUGGCCAUUGCCUAGCUCCAGGCCUGCUGUCAUGAGUCUGGAAUGCUGUCAUGCAACCAUCAGAGAGGCUAGUUUAUCCAAAGAGAAGACCCUACAGAGGUUGCAAAAUCCAGCCCCAAAGGAAGUGGAGUCAUUGGUUAGAGUUUCCUCUGAACCUUGCAAGGCUGUCUAACCACGCCAUAUGCCAUGCCUUUUCGGGGCUGAACUAAUAAGGGACUUCCUGAUAAUUUACUCUUGAUCACAUUAAGGUGUUCUCGCAUUAAAAUCUUUUACACUGUAAUGGCCAUAGAUUUAGGCUGUUGGUUUAGAGUACCCCUACAUGAAACCGAUUCCAAAUCCCUUCCUAUUCAUACGUUCCCACUCUGAGAUGGACUGUGGAUGCCGGGAAUGAUCACUAGGACCGUAGUAAUAUCUACUCUUCACAGGCAAAUCUGCUUUGGGAAACUCGUUAUUUGGAAGGCAGAUAGAAUCAUCUAGUAGUGUCUGAGGCAAUCCUGCUUCCCUUCGGUGCAAGGCUUGGGUGGAUGACCAGAUUACACGGCACGCUCCCGAGGCGGACUCCCUGAAAACGUACUCUCGACUAGAGCAAAUGAAUUAAACUGUGGUCCCAAAUACUCAUCUUUUCACUAGUGUGAUUCCUCUGUUUCUAAUUGCAUCUUCAUUUGGAUUAAAGUGAGUGUGGCCUCUUUCUAUGUCAUUUAUAAUGGUUUUCUAAGUAGCCGCUGCCUCUAUUAUGGCACUUCGAUUUUGCACUGUCUUUCAGAGAUUCAAGAAAAAUUUCUAUUCUUUUUUUUUUUUUGCAUCCAAAUGUGCCUGAACUUUUUAAAUAUGUAAAUGCUGCCAUGUUCCAAACCCAUCUUUAGGGUGUGUCCAGAGCUGUGUACCCUGGAAACAACAUACAGCCCCAUGAGCAGGUGCCUGAGAUGUGGACCCCUUUGCAUUCACAGAGAGGUCAUUGGUCAUAGAGACUUGAAUUAAUGUGACAUUAUGCCAGUUUAUGUUCUCUCACAGCUUAUAAACAAUGCUUUCUGUGCACAACAUACUCUUCAAUGUAGAGCUCUUGUUUUAUGGGAAAAGGCUUAUAUGCCAAAUUGUGUCCGAUGGCUUAAUAUGCCUUUUCGCUGAUGUGUACUAUUACUGAUGUGAUUCCGUUUUGUUGCGGCUUUGCUUUGUUUAAUGAAACACACUUGUAAACCUCUUUUGCACCUUUAAAAAGUAAGGAGUCCAGCGGGAUGCUCAAGCACCUGUAAACAAUUUCUCACUCUGUUUGAUGUUCAAAUAAAAAAAUAAAUGACAACUGGCUCGGUUUCUGUAAACUCCCUUCUUGCUA